CCAGAACGGCUGCCUCGCUCCCGGAAGUGGAGGAUCUGCGCGAAGAUAGCUGCUGGGUUUGGGUGUCCGGAGGCAGAAGCGCUCGCGGAGCUCGCCCGUCAGCCCCCGACCGCCAUGUCGGCCUUCGACACUAACCCCUUUGCGGACCCAGUGGACGUGAACCCCUUCCAGGACCCCUCUGUGACCCAGCUGACUAAUGCCCCGCAGGGAGGCCUGGCUGAAUUCAACCCCUUCUCAGAGACAAAUGCAGCGACAACGGUUCCUGUCACACAGCUCCCCGGGCCCUCGCAGCCAGCAGUCCUCCAGCCCUCAGUGGAGCCAACUCAGCCAACCCCCCAGGCUGUAGCCUCUGCAGCCCAGGCAAGCCUGCUCCGGCAGCAGGAAGAACUGGACAGGAAAGCAGCUGAACUGGAACGCAAGGAGCGGGAGCUGCAGAACACGGUGGCCAACUUACAUGUGAGGGAGAACAACUGGCCGCCCCUGCCCACGUGGUGCCCUGUCAAGCCCUGCUUCUAUCAGGAUUUCUCCGCUGAGAUCCCUGCCGACUACCAGCGGAUAUGCAAGAUGCUCUACUAUCUCUGGAUGUUGCAUUCAGUGACUCUGUUUCUGAACCUGCUUGCCUGCCUGGCCUGGUUCUUAAUUGACACCACCAAGGGAGUAGACUUCGGCCUCUCGAUCCUGUGGUUUGUGAUCUUCACCCCCUGUGCCUUCCUUUGUUGGUACCGACCCAUCUAUAAGGCUUUUAGGUCCGACAACUCUUUCAGCUUCUUCGUGUUCUUUUUUGUAUUUUUUUGUCAAAUAGGGAUCUACAUCAUCCAGUUGGUCGGCAUCCCUAACCUGGGGGACAGUGGUUGGAUCGCAGCCCUGUCUACACUGACCCAAGACCUGGCUGUGUCGAUCAUCAUGAUGGUGGUGGCUGGCUUCUUCACCCUCUGUGCCGUGCUCUCACUCUUCCUCCUGAAGCGGGUGCACUCCCUGUACCGCCGGACAGGGGCCAGCUUCCAGCAGGCCCAAGAGGAGUUUUCCCAGGGCAUCUUCAGCAACAGGACCUUCCGCAGCGCCGCCUCGUCUGCUGCCCGAGGAGCCUUCCAGGGGAAUUAGUCCUCCUGACUCUCCUCCCUCUGCCCCAGCAUUUUCUCUUGCCUGCCUUCUGAGCUGCACUUUCCGUGGGUGCCUUAAGCAGUGGUUAUGCCCAGCACAGACCUGGGGAGGGUCUUGCCCAUGGCUCUUCCUCCUUCCUCAGCAACCAGCUCUCCCUCCCACCUGAGGAAAGGGGAGGGAGGGACAGGGACUUUUUUACACAAUAGAAAAGGAAAAAAAAAAAAAAAAAAAAACCAAAGCUGUCUUUCCUUCUCUGGUGGUGGUUUGUUAGGAUUUUUUUGUUUCUCUGGAAGCAGUGGGACUGAAGUUCUCCCUACACACACACACACACACGCACGCACACACACACACAAAUAUACACACACAUUUGGGAUCACCGGCUGACCUGGGGCCCCCCCGGUGGACUUCUGUUUCUGCUGGGGUCCUGAGACUCCACUCCUCUCCCAGCAGGUCUGGCCUGAAUCUCGACAGACCCAGCCUGUGGCUUCCACAGUCCUGCCCUUCCUUCCUGCCCAGGCUGGGGUAGCCUCCCAGGGCUCCCUUCUUGUUGAGCUGCAGUCUAGGCUCUAGCCCCCAGACUACUCUAGGGUGGUCUCUGGGCUUCCAGAGCCUCUGGCCUGGUUGCCCCAGCUUCUUUCCUGCCUUAUGUUUCUCACAGUUUCAUAGCCUGUGAGGCCCCCUUCACUGUCCUGGUGUGGGCAGUACCUUGUGCCCUCUGGGGCCCCCCUUGGAACCCUUCCCUCUUCAGAUUUACUGAAUGUGCAAUGGGGUCAGUUGGAUUUUGGGAAUGGGGAUGGAUAGAGGACACCGAACUGAAGUUGUCUUGACCAGUUUUUUUAGGAGGGUGGGUCUGACCUGGUGUGGUUUGUGUGGCCCUGUUUGUUUUGAUUUCCUCUCUUCCUGAGGGACAGCUGCCCUUUACCCUGGCCUCAGACUCUACUCCCCCCAUCCUGCCCCCCCGUCAGCAAUAUCUAGCCUGUAUGACUGUUAGGGAGGACAGGGGGAUCAGUCUAGAAUUGUAUCCUUCAGGCUGGACUGAUGAGCCAUCUUUCUGAGAGUUCCAGAUUAAUCCUCUAGGGUUCCCCCAUACUCCAAGUAGAGUCUAGGUCACCUUGCACUAGUCCUGGAGAUUUGCCAGGACCUGCGUCACUGUGUUGGGUGCCUAGGAGUUCAUGGUUAAAACCUGUAACCUGUCCUCUAGAGACAGUAGCAGUGGGUGUUUGGGCUGAGGAGCCUUCUCAAAAAGCUGGCCAACCUCAGGCCCCUGGGGCAUGGGGCCUACCCAGAGGCCCACACUGCCCCAAAGCCACUGAAUGAUAAUGGCAGUGACCAAGGUUUUGUAAACUCCUUUCUGGUAUUUUUUUCUCCAUGUACAAAUGUAUAUGUUAUAUCUCAAUUUUUGUCCUUAAAUAAAAACAUUUUCAGACAAA